AUGACAUUGAACAUCACUUCGGAUCUCCUCACUUGGUCGAACUCCGAUGCCGACAUCUCUGACUUACAACAACCAAACCAACAACGACGAACACUCGUUCCAGAUGUUUCCCCCGGUAUUGUUCCUUCCAAAGAGCAAGCUCAGGUGCGACCACACGCUACCCGUCUGUGGUCGAUGCGUCAAGCGUCGCCGCGAGAACCAGUGCCUAUAUCAUCCAAACCCCUUAACCCAGGGACUGCUGUCAGUGCCGUACAGUUCCAUCUGAGACUGACUAUAUAUGAGAAGCGUACACCGCAAUCCUACCAGCCUAUUUCGCCAGGUAUCCUGUCGCCAACACCAACACCGAAUCCCGCGACGGCCUCAAGGCCGACGCCAACGGUUGAUGUCCGGGCGUCGAAUGCACGCCAUUCUAGUACAUCUGGAACAAACCACCAGCGGCCAAGGGCCACUUCUGCCGAGCCGCCGGCCGCACCGCAUAGAGCCGCUUCCGCGCCGGCUCCGGACUUCAGACAAGAUGCCAUCGUCACGGCAAGUCCCGACUUUGUCGGCUUGACAAACUACUCGUCCAUCUUCACAGAGGCACUCGGAAAAUUGGACGGCAUCUUCCCCGAGCUCGACGUGGAGUUUAGGCACAAUGUUUCCAUCCCGCAUGCUCGUGUUAUCCAAAGUUGUGAGGCUUUAUCCUUUCUCAAAGACAAGCACCUUAUCAACCAGUUUGUCACGCGGUAUUACGAGACCACGAAAGUCAAUUGGCAACCGGCCCUCCAAUGGAUUGUCAAGGAGUGGCUCAACAGACUGUGGAUUUAUCAUGGUGACGCCCUCAUGAGCCAGCAGCCGGACAAGAUACGGCGACUGGUCGAGCUCAUUUGGCGAAACACGCAGAUCCCACUCCAGUUCCAGAAGGAUAUCAAACCGAUCGACUGGGUUCGUCUCGGCACUGGUUUCAAUGUCAGAUGGGAAGUUAUUGGCAUCAUCGCUGCCAUCGUCGGAAUCAGUGCUAGCAGUAUUGACCCAUUCGACCCUCUCUUGCGGGAUAACAAGCUCACGCGGACUGGGGUGGCCAAUAAGAUGGCCGAGGUCUCUACCAUGUGCCUGGGCUUUUGCCGCGAUUGCGAGUCAAUGGAGGACAUGUUUCUCUGGCUGCUCUUCACAGAUACCGAUCUGGUUGGGAUCCUCAAAGGCGACAGGAGUUACCACUCCUACCGGGCUGCGGGAGAAAUGCUAAGUGCCAUCAUCUCCAUGGGCCUGCACCAGAAGCUGCCGGCGACGACGACGGCCCGCUUGCCUCUUUUUCUCCUCGAGAUGCGCAGGCGAGUCUCGUUGAUGUCAUACGCCGUCGAGAUGAGCCUCGCCAGUUUCCUGGGCCGCCCGCCCCGGAUUUCCUACCGACACUGCACCCGUGAUCAGAUCCUGGACCUGACCGAUGCCGAGCUCGCACUGCACGGCACGGACCUCGAGGCCGCCCUGGCCAACCUGGACGAGAACGGCUUCAAUAGGGGCGUGCGCCUGGACGGCAUCACCUGGCUCAAGGCGUACAUGCCCUUCGCCGACCAGAGGGAGGACGUGCUCGACCUCGCGCUGACGGACUACUCGCGCGAGGAGAUCCUGCAGCGCGCCGAGGCCAUCGAGGCCAAGGGCCGGGCGCACUGGGCGUCGAUGCCGGCCUGGCUGGCCAGCGCGCGCGACGAGGUGCCGGACCCGCACAACAUGGAGCCGCGCGCGAUGCUCUGCCGCAGCUCCCUGCGGCAGGCCUCGCGCUCCAACGACAUGCUGCUGCAGCGUGUCGUCGUGCGCAAGGCGGGCGCCGGCUCGGAGCGGCUCGUCGCCGUCGCGCGCCUCAUCUUUGGCGACGUCCUCAUCAUCACGCAGCGGCCCGACAUCGCGGGCACCUUCCAGAUCCACUUCGCCGCGCUGCUCGUGUCGCACGGCCUGCGGUGCGCGGCCAUCAUCGCCGUGGAGCUGCUGCGGCAGGAGCAGCGGAUGAUGCAGAUGGUGGCCGCGGGCGCGGGGGCCGGCGGCGCGGGGCCGGAGAUGCACCUCCUGCCGCGGAGCAAGACGAUCCAGGACCUGGCCGUCUUCGCGGCGAGGCUGGGCACCGUCGACCCGAUCGAUGGGUCGUAUGCGAUGUGUCAGCAGGGGCAGAAGGUCAUCACCAAGUUGCUUGAUAGGAUCCUCGAGCCGCCGUCGCUGAUGGUUCCGGGAGGAGGUGCCGCCGAGACGCUCUGCUUGGAGCCGCACGUGGAUCCUCAGCUCAGGGUGACGAGCGGCUUGCAUGCCGGAGGUGCAGCCGAGCCGUUCGAUCCCUCUUUGGACCUGCAGGGGAUUAUCAUUAACGAGCCUGGGGGGCAUAAUCUCUUUGGUGGCGCUCCUUUAAACUUGGGCAAUGAUGAUGACUUUAUGAGUUGGCUGGAGAACAUGGACUGGGAACAGGCCGAUGCGUGGACGGCUUUCUAG